AUGGAAAAACACAGAUCAGACUUGAUUUUCAAAAGACCUCGGCUAGAUGCCGAGGUAACCGGAGAUACCUCAAACCCUAAAGACGAAGGUUCUUUUAAAGUCGUUAAUUUUUUGGACGAUGUGGUCUACAGAUUGUAUUUCAAGGGUUUGGUUAAUGACGAGACGGUGGCGGACGGUGGAGAAAGGACCAUUACCGCUGGAUAUGGUGUAGCGAUUUGUGACGGUAAUGAUAAUUUGUUGUAUGAGAUUAAGGAAACACUGAGUGACGGUGGCCAGAUUAGCCGGAGAGGAGUGGAGAUUAAGGCGCUGAUUCGUGGGUUAAGUGAAGCUUUUGACUUGGGGAUUAGACACGUCAUGAUUUACUGCGAUGAUUAUCAGAUAUUUCAAUUGAUAAAUGGUGGAGAUAAGCCUACGCAGAACAAAAACCUCCAGCUUUUGAAAGAAUUGUGUCGCCUAAGAGAAAAAAUGGCUUCUAGUGAUCCUCUUCUGGUUGCCCGAAGCGAUGUUAAAUUCGCUUUCAAACUCGCAAGAGAGGCAACAACUUCUCAAAGCAGCACCGUUGACGCUAAGCCAGAACAGGGAGAAACUUGUACCAUUUGUCUUGAAGAAAUCGAGAAAGGGCGUAUGUUCUUUACUGACAAAUGCAUUCAUCGUCAUUGCUUUUCUUGCGUGAAACAGUAUGUGGAAGUGAAGCUUCUUAGCGGAAUUGUGCCCACAUGUCUUGGUGAAGGAUGCAAGUUAGAGCUCACUCUUGAAAGCUGUAGCAAGAUUUUGACAACUAGGGUGAUUGAGAUGUGGAAACGAAAGAUGAAAGAGGAUUCGAUUCCUCCCUCAGAGAGAAUCUAUUGCCCUUAUCAAAACUGCUCAAUGUUGAUGUCCAAAGCCGAGCUUUCCAGCUCUGAUGGCUCAGACCAGUCCAAUGUUCGGGAAUGUGUCAAAUGCUGUGGACUCUUUUGCAUUGAUUGCAAAGUACCAUCGCAUACUGAUUUGUCGUGUGCUGAUUACAAGAAACUUCAUCCUGACCCUCUAGUUGAUGAUAUGAAGCUAAAGUCUCUUGCAAACGACAAUAGGUGGCGUCAAUGUCUCAAGUGUAGGCACUUGAUUGAACUUUCUCAUGGCUGCAACCACAUGACUUGCAGAUGUGGAUAUGAGUUUUGUUACAAAUGUGGGGUCGAAUGGAAGAAAAACCAACAGACUUGUCCUUCUGGUUGCCUACUUACUGGCCAUGGUGAUUAUGACGAUGAAGAUGACGACGAUGAUGAUGAUGACGACUCAGAACAUUCUUGUGAAAAAGAUAUGUGUCAAUGCUAUUACGAUGAUGAUGGUGGACGUUGGCGUAACUUUGAAGAUUUUAUAGAUCAUCAAACUCCUGUACAUGUAAUCUACUCGCCGCUUCCUCCAGACGUGGUACAGGAGUAUCAGUUUACUCCUGAGCAUAUUUCCACUGGAGAAGGGAAUGGGGAUGGAUAUGAUGAUUAUGGAGACUACAAUUAUGGCGGUUUAACUGAAUCUGACGAUGAAGGAGGCUUUGAAGACUUUUACAGGGAUUACUAUUCUCUUUAA